CCAGCACCACGACACGCUCGACGCGGAGAACGGCGACGGUGACGACGACGACGAGUCGAGCAAGGACUGGUGGACAAAGUAUUUCCUCUCGUACGAGCGGCUCAUCGAAUCGAUGAAGCUGUCGUCGGCUGCCACACGACCAUUCGACGCCUCGUCCUAUCACCAGACGGCGGUGGCCGGAGCGGCGGCCUGUGAGCUGUCCGGGGGCUGUGUGGGCGCAACGUCCGCUAGCCAGGCAGCGAUGGGUGGCAGCGAUGGCAACAAGAAGCUAACCGUCCGGACAUCCAAGCUAGUGUCGAAGCUGAGCCCCAAGGCAACACCGAGAAGAACGCACGGUAGCGGAGGACCCACUGGUGCUGGUGGUGGUGGUGGUGGUGGUGGUGGUGGUGGAGUGAGCGGACGCGUCGCCACCUGCCAGAUCUAUCCGUGCGAGCUCGAGUCACUGCCCGAGUACCGGGAGUUCAAGGAGUGGCUACUGUCGUUCCCGCUGUACCGGGGCAAGAAGACGGGCGACAGCACGGAGGACGAGACUCGCAUCGUCGGCUACUUCAAGGGGGCGCUCAAGGUGUACAAGCUGCCGAUCGAGAAGGGGCUGGAGCCGGCGUUCGCACCGACCCUACCACUCAACGAUCCCAUCCACGUGCUGGUGCGCGUGUACAUCGUCAAGGCGACCGAUUUACACCCGAUGGACCUGAACGGGAAGGCGGACCCGUACGUGGUGCUGCAGCUCGGCGCGAAGCGCAUCUCGGACAAGGACUGCUACGUCAGCAAGCAGCUUAACCCGGUGUUUGGCAAGUGCUUCGAGAUCGAGGCGACCUUCCCGCAGGACUCGAUGCUCACGGUGCAGAUCUACGACUGGGAUCUGGUCGGUUCGGACGAUCUGAUCGGUGAGACGCGAAUCGACCUCGAGAACCGUUUCUACAGCAAGCACCGGGCGAUGUGCGGUAUCGCUAGCCGCUACGAAGACUCCGGGUACAACAUCUGGCGCGAUCCGAUGAAACCGACCCAGAUACUGACGAAGCUGUGCAAGGAGAACAAGCUGGAACCACCGCAGUAUUUCCAGGAUCGCGUCAACAUUGGCCGGUGUUGCUUCGUGUUCACCGGCGAGGAGAUCCAAACCUGGAGCAACCCGGCCUCGAUCAAGUACCGGGACGAGCACCUGGCCCUGGCCGUGCUGCACCGCUGGGAGGAGAUGCCGCGUGUCGGCUGCAAGAUCGUACCGGAGCACAUCGAGUCGCGGUCCCUGUACAACGCGGACAAGCCGGGCAUCGAGCAGGGCAAGCUGGAGAUGUGGGUCGACCUGUUCCCGAUGGAUAUGCCGCUGCCCGGGCCACCGGUCGACAUCUCGCCCCGGAAGCCCCGCUCGUACGAGCUGCGCGUCAUCAUCUGGAACACGGACGACGUGGUGCUGGAGGACGAUGCGUUCUUCACCGGCGAGAAGAUGUCGGACAUCUACGUGAAGGGGUGGCUGAAGGGACCGCAGGAUGCGCAGGCGACCGACAUCCACUACCGGUCGCUGACCGGCGAGGGGAACUUCAACUGGCGCUUCAUCUUCCCGUUCGACUACCUCGCGGCCGAGGAGCGGAUCGUGCUGUCGCGCAAGGAGUCACUGUUCAGCUGGGACGAGACGGAGGUGAAGAUGCCGGCCCGGCUCGAGCUGCAGGUGUGGGACGCGGACCACUUCUCCGCCGACGACUUCCUCGGGGCGAUCUCGCUCAACCUGAACCGGUUCCCGCGCGGCGCCAAGUCUUCCAAGCUCUGCACGCUCGACAUGCUCCGCACCGACAACGUGCCGACGGUCAACAUCUUCAAGCAGAAGCGCGUCCGCGGCUGGUGGCCGUUCUUCAUCAAGAAGGAAAACGACGAGAUGGAGCUGACCGGCAAGGUCGAGGCCGAGAUACACCUGCUGACGCGUGACGAGGCCGAAAAGAACCCGGCCGGCUACGGGCGCAACGAGCCCGAUCCGCUCGAGAAGCCCAAUCGGCCGGAUGCGUCUUUCAUGUGGUUUCUCAACCCACUCAAAUCGGUCCGGUACAUCAUCUGGCACAACUACAAGUGGAAGAUCAUCAAAGGGCUCGUCAUACUCGGGCUGGCGCUGCUUUUGCUCCUCUUCUUCUACGCCAUACCGGGCUACUCGGUCAAGCGGAUGCUGGGCGCCUAAGAACCCCACCCAACCCCCAUCCCACACACACGCUGCCGCACGCACACGCACCCAUACUGAUGCGCUUAUUGCACACCGCUCGAACUCGAACCCAUCUCGAAAGUCCCGUGGGCGGACGGGCAUCGAGUUCGGCCUGGCUCCAUACUAGAAC